UUUUACACAAUUUCAUAAAUAAAGAAAUAAAUGGAUUCUGUUCCACCUAAAGUUAUAGUAGAUAUACAAAAAUUCACUGUUAUGGGAAUCAGCAGAAGAGUUCAUUUUGCUAGCGAGGCAAAUCCUGAGACAAAUAUGUAUAUAAGAACAUUCAAAGAAUAUUUUGAAAAGAAGAUAAGUGAAACAAUACCAAAUCGGGGGAUUCCAGGAAGAACAUAUUGUGUUUAUUAUGAUUUUAAGGAUGUUUAAGAUAAAUCUAAAUUUACAUUAUAAAUAUUGGUUGGUGAACUGGUUACAAAAGUUGAUUAGAUCCCUGAAGGAUUGGCAACAUUUGAUGUAGAAGAUGCAACAUAUGCUUGUUUUAAAGGAGGACCAGGUUCUAUUCCAGAAGCAGCCAGAGAUACUUGGAAGAAAUUGUAUCUUAUUAAAUUAGAUGAAUGGGGAUACAAAAGAAGUUAUAAGACAGAAUUUGAGUUGUAUCGUGAAGGCUAGAAUGAUAUUGGAAAUAUGGAAGUUGAAUUGCACAUCGGAGUAUAACAGAUAUAAAAUUGAUUUUAUUUAUGGUCAUUAUUGUAUAUUAUUAAUGUGG